GAAACCACGUGGCCUCGCGUCGUGGAUUUCCCCCUCCCCUGGUUUCUGGCUGCUGGGCGGGAUUCGAGCUGCGAGGCGGAAGCGUCCUUGGUGUUCAGGAGGCGGGGCCGAGAGGUUCGGUCAGAAGCGCGUAGAAGUGAAGGAGGGCGUCUGAGAUGGAGCGGCGGUAACGCGCGCCGACCCUCACCACCUUCCUCAGGCGGCGGCUGCUGCUGCUGCGGCCAUGGAGACUGUGCAGCUACGUCACCCACGCCGGCAGCUAAGGAAGUUAGAUGAAGAUAGUUUGACAAAACAACCAGAAGAAGUGUUUGAUGUGCUAGAAAAACUUGGAGAAGGGUCCUAUGGCAGUGUUUUCAAAGCUAUCCAUAAAGAAACAGGCCAAGUUGUCGCAAUUAAGCAAGUUCCUGUUGAGUCUGACUUGCAAGAGAUCAUUAAAGAGAUAUCCAUAAUGCAGCAAUGUGAUAGUCCUCAUGUAGUCAAAUAUUAUGGCAGCUAUUUUAAGAACACGGAUCUCUGGAUUGUCAUGGAAUACUGCGGUGCCGGUUCUGUGUCUGAUAUCAUUCGACUGCGAAAUAAAACGUUGAUGGAAGAUGAAAUUGCUACGAUAAUACAAUCAACACUCAAAGGACUGGAAUACCUCCAUUUCAUGAGGAAAAUACAUCGUGACAUCAAAGCUGGCAACAUACUACUCAAUACAGAAGGUCAUGCUAAACUUGCAGAUUUUGGGGUAGCUGGCCAACUUACAGAUACCAUGGCAAAAAGAAACACAGUGAUAGGAACUCCGUUUUGGAUGGCACCUGAAGUAAUCCAAGAAAUUGGAUACAAUUGUCUAGCAGACAUCUGGUCUCUGGGCAUUACUGCCAUUGAAAUGGCUGAAGGAAAGCCACCGUAUGCUGAUAUUCACCCUAUGAGGGCAAUUUUCAUGAUUCCAACAAAUCCACCUCCAACCUUCCGAAAGCCAGAACUCUGGUCAGAUGAAUUCACAGACUUUGUAAAACAGUGUCUUGUGAAAUGUCCAGAAAAAAGAGCCACUGCCACACAGCUGCUCCAGCAUCCAUUUGUUAAAAGUGCCAAAGGAGUUUUCAUCCUGCGAGACCUGAUUAAUGAGGCAGUGGAUAUUAAACUGAAAAUUCAGGAAGCUCAACAGCGUGAGUUGUAUCAUGAUGAUGAAGAAAAUUCAGAAGAAGAUGAAACUGAUUCUAGGACCAUGGUGCGAGCACAGGGACAAGAAACGGGUACAAUCAGAGCUGCUUGUGGAAUGAGUGAUGGCAUCAACACCAUGAUAGAAUACAACGACACUUUAGAGUCUCAGCUGGGAACAAUGGUCAUAAAUGCAGAAGAUGAAGAAGAUGAAGGGACAAUGAAGAGAAGAGAUGAAACAAUGCAGUCUGUCAGACCAUCAUUCCUUGAGUAUUUUGAGCAAAAAGAAAAAGAGAAUCGGAGAAACAACUAUGGAAGGAAUGUACCUGAAAGAUAUUCCUCAGACUGGAGAGUACCUCAGGAUGGUGAUUACGAAUUUUUGAGAAACUGGACUGUUGAAGACCUUCAAAGGAGACUUGGGGCGCUUGACCCUAUGAUGGAGCAGGAGAUAGAAGAAGUUCGCCAAAGGUAUCAGUCAAAACGGCAGCCAAUUCUAGAUGCCAUUGAAGCAAAGAAAAGACGCCAGCAGAACUUCUGAAGAAAGCCUGCCAAUAGAAUUAGAUAUCCAUCAUCCCUAACAAUAAAAUGUGCUUCUACGA